AUGGGAUUUCCCGAAACAGAUAAACUAGAGUUUCCAAUCAAACUACAAGAAGUUCUAACUUCUCAAGGAUUAACUUGUCAACCAAUUCUUUUGUCACAAAUUGGCAAUAAACAAUCAUCCAAAGAAUUUGAUAGGGUUAAUAGUGAAUUGAUAAGAGGAAUUUCGUUAACAAUUGUUAAUGAAAUAAUACCAAUUAAAUCUUCUGCUCACAUAUUAAUUAAUAGAAUAAAAUUACAAUUUCAAAUGAUAAAACAUCAAGCAGAUCUUUUACAGGAUCUUAAAAAUACCAUGGAAGAGAAUAAACAUGUUAAUUCAGAAUUGGAUGAUCAAUUUGAAAAUGAGUAUUUUGAUAUGUUAAAUCGAGUUCAAGAAGAUUUAAAUGAUGAAAAUGGUUUAAAAGCUAAAGUAAAACAGCCAAAGUCAAAAUCAAAUCAUUCUAAUUCUAAUCAAAUUCAUUUACUCACCGGAAGUCAAUUACACAAAGUUGAGACUGCUUUAGACAAAGAGAUGGAACUUAUUGAAGAAGCAACAAGUAAAAUCCAGGUAGCACAAGAAAAACUAAAAAAUUUGAAUUUGGAUAAUAUUUCCAUAAAAGAGUAA